GGGGCGUCGGACACGUCCAGUGAGAGCACUAUAAAAGGUCACUGUGGCGGGCGGUUAUCGGCAUCUGCAGCGAUGGAGUCGGACUCGAGACAACGCCUGAAAGCGUAUCGCUUCGUUGCCUACUCGGCUGUCACAUUUUCCGUUAUUGCUGUGCUGUCAAUCUGCAUCACACUACCUAUGGUCUAUAACUACAUACAUCAUGUCAAAAAACUAAUGAACACCGAAAUUAACUUUUGCAAGGGAUCCGUUCAGGACAUUUGGCACGAAGUGAGCUACAUUAAAGCCUCACCAGUUUCAAACAGAACUACUCGGCAAAGCAAUUUCUGUGGUCCCAGCUGCUGCCUGCCAGGUCCUCCAGGACCGCCAGGGCCGUCAGGAAAACCCGGUCGUCCGGGCUUACCAGGUAUUCCUGGAGUGCCCGGUGCACCUGGAAGACCCCCCAUGCUUCCUUGCGUUGAGGUCACACCACCAGCAUGUCAAGAAUGUCCAGCGGGACCACCCGGUAAACCUGGACCUCAGGGACCACCUGGGCAACCCGGUCGGCCAGGAACACCUGGUUUCGCUGGAGAAAUGCUGAUGGGACCACCUGGACCUAAAGGACCACGGGGACCGCCUGGAUAUCCGGGAUUACCUGGAGCUCCCGGUGUGCCUGGACCGGACGCUAUUCCUCCCGCAGAGGGAGCUGAAAUCGGGCCACCUGGUGAACCGGGCCCACCAGGACUACGAGGUCCGCCAGGGCGAGACGGUAUUCCUGGGAUUGCUGGAGCCCCAGGAAUGCCUGGACCACAGGGGCUUAGAGGUCCCGAUGGACUGCCAGGUAUACCAGGAAACAGCGGUCCACCUGGCCCACCUGGUCAACCAGGCCGUCCGGGAGAACGUGGUAUCUGUCCGAACGGAACAGCGUCGUCGAUUUUCGCAAUGAACUUAGACGAACAACAUCGGGUGGCCGUCUAUCGUUUCAUCGCCUACACAGCUGUCACACUCUCGGUACUCGCUGUGCUUUCAGUCUGCAUUACACUUCCACUAGUCUGCAACUACAUUUACCACAUGAAGAAGUCAGUACAUAAUGAAGUCACCUUUUGCAAGGGAUCAGCAAAGGAAAUUUUGGACGAAAUAACAUACAUGAGGAGAAUGCCACCUAGCAACAGAACCAAACGACAGAUUAGUGCUGGUCGAUGUACGCCAUGCUGUGUGCCAGGCCCACUAGGUGCAAAGGGCCCACCGGGAAGGCCAGGCCGCCCAGGAGUUCCUGGUAGUCCAGGAGCACCUGGUAGUCCUGGUCGACAGCCCGUAAUGCCGUGCGAGCCCAUAACUCCUCCGCCAUGUAGACCGUGCCCACCAGGACCACCGGGAGAACCUGGACCACCAGGAUUUCCUGGUCCUCCUGGUGAACCUGGAUUAAGCGGUGCAGAAAUUAGUGGUUCCGUAGGACCUCCAGGAGAAAAGGGACCCCCAGGAGCACCAGGAAGACCAGGACCGCCUGGAGAACCAGGUCCACGUGGAAGAGACGCUAUAGCAUAUGGACAACAAACUGGUCCAGUUGGAAAACCCGGAUUACCAGGACCACCCGGAUCCGAUGGAAAGCCAGGCACCCCUGGAUUGCCUGGACCACCCGGACCAAAGGGACCAAAAGGAGAGGAUGGAUAUCCUGGAGAACCAGGAACUCCUGGCCUACCUGGUACAGAAGGUCUACCAGGACUUGAGGGAGAGCGUGGAAUUUGUCCUAAAUAUUGCGCUAUUGAUGGCGGUGUGUUCUUCGAGAAUGGGAUUGUUCGCCGUUCCAAAAGAAUGUCACCGAAGUGA